AAUAAAUAUGUGCUGCUUAAUGUGCUUAUUCAAAGUUAAAUGAGUGAAAGUCACUCUUUUCUUUGUAUCCUUUCUCCUGUUGGCCGGAUGAGUGGUGUCAAUCGUGUUUGGAACCAUAGCUAAGGAAAAUGCUAUCUAUGGUAUCGUGGGCUCGGUCAUUGAAGUUGACCUCCAGAUGAUCAUAUUCUUAUUCUGAGUUAUAAUAGGAGUGAUAUUGGUGUUUGUCAUGGCCUGUGCAAUGUGUACUUCAGUCAAAAGGAUUUGCUUCUUCCACUACCUGUUCGCUAUUCUUCUGACAAUAAUUACUCUGUUCUUUAUUGUCCUUGGCAUAGUGUUAAUGGUUAUUGGUAUUGGUCUCUCAGACCAAUUAGAAGAGCUUUGUUCAUCAAAUAAUUCAGAUAGUGAUUUCCAACAAGCGAUGAAUGAACUUUACUCCCGCUCAGACUCAUUCUACUGCACUGCCCAAUGCCCAUGCUACAUCGGGUCAACCUUCUACUUCACCGGGAAGACCGUGGCCACCCUAAACCCUAGCGACAACACCAAUGUCCAAGACUGCAAGGCCUACAUCGAAGCCGCUUACGCUGACUACAACAUUGACUUCUCAGACUUAGAUGAGAUCAUCGAGUACCUAGAUUACUUCGGAGAAAUCGAAAAGGAAUACAAGUGCUCAGGAAUCUGCACACUCCAAAAAGUCUACUACUUCGGAGACUCUUCAAGAGGAGAACCACCCAAAGCAUGUAAAGACCCGAUCAAUGAUGAGUUGCUUAAAGGCGAGAUAUUAGGCAUGGGAAUUGGGUACCUGGUCAUUGGGGUAGUGCUGUUUGUGGUACUGUUUGUACAAUAUGGCCUCUGAUGCAGAGAAGAUCCUGAUGAGCGUAGAAAAAGAGAAGGUAAUUAUGAUGAAAGUAGAUAUGAGGCUGAGAAACCUUAUAAAACAUCUAGAGCUGAUAAUUAUGCUGUCCCGAAUACAAUGAUUAAUGCUCCUCCCCAACAAAGCACCUACAAAAACCCAUAUAUAUAAAAAUUCAAGGAUAA